CCCCUGGUGCGGACGUCCACAGCUUGUUUUUCAGAGGCACGGGUCCGAGUUCUGGCUCUUCUUUCCUGGGCGUCCACCUACGUGCAGAAGGAUUGUUGAGGUCACUGAGGAGAGCAACUGCAUCUGAAAGCCUGGGGCCAGGUACAUGGAAUCAUUCUGUGCCCAGGAUCAAUAGCAAAACUACCUUCUGCCUGUCACAGAAAAAAAUUCAUCAUCCUAGAAUAUGGCAGGUAAAAAAGUGCUCAUUGUCUAUGCGCACCAAGAACCUAGGUCUUUCAAUGGAUCCUUGAAGAAAGUGGCUGUGGACGAACUGCGUACACAGGGCUGCACUGUCACCGUUUCUGAUCUCUAUGCCAUGGACUUUGAACCGAGAGCCACAAGGAAAGAUGUCACUGGUGUUCUUUCUAAUCCUGAGUUCUUCAGUUACGGGGUGGAAGCAUAUGAAGCCUACAAGAAGAGGUCUCUUACCAGUGACAUACUUGAUGAGCAGAGAAAGGUUCAUGAAGCUGAUCUAGUAAUAUUUCAGUUCCCGCUGUACUGGUUCAGUGUGCCGGCCAUCCUGAAGGGCUGGAUGGACAGGGUGCUGUGCCAGGGGUUUGCCUUUGACCUCCCAGGAUUCUAUGAUUCCGGUUUUCUCAAGGAUAAAUUGGCCCUACUCUCGAUAACCACGGGAGGCACAGCUGCGAUGUACGGGAAAACUGGAGUCAGUGGAGAUUUUAAAUACUUCCUGUGGCCCCUCCAGCAUGGUGCAUUGCACUUCUGUGGAUUUAAAGUCCUUGCUCCUCAGAUCAGUUUUGCUCCUGAGUUUGCAUCAGAAGAAGAAAGAAAGGGGAUGAUGGCGUCUUGGGCCCAGAGGCUGAAAACCAUCUGGAGGGAAGAUCCCAUCCCCUGCACGCCCUCUUGGUACUUUGGGCAGUAACGCUGUCUGUCAUGUACACAUCACUUGAGCAACACACUAGUAGGUGGGAGCACGUGCAAAGAGAAGAUGAUGCUGUAAUAACAUGAAAUGACAACAAACUUAGCUGCAUCUGAUUGCUGAUGUGCAUGAAUGGGUGUCUUCAUGGUUUUAUAUGGCCAGACCCAAAAAUCCAGUAAUCAGCUGGUUGAAUUGAAUUCUAGUCUAAUAUCAUUAUUCACCCAGGCUUUCUUUUCUUUUCUUCUCUAACAUCUUUCUGUCCCCCUAUAUUCAAUCUUCAUGGAUAAUGUUGUUUUAAGAUAUUUCUCUUGAUAUUAGGCUGCAUCUGACAAUUUUGUGUUGUACUUCAUAACUUGAGAGCUUCUAUUUUUUUACAGGAAAGAUUAAUCUUCUCUUAGCUAGCAUUAUAGUGCUGUGGACUUAUUUUUACAUCUUUCUUUUAACUUGCAUUAUGAUGAUGGAGUUUUAAAUGAACAGCCAUUUAAAAUAUAUUUAAAAUCAUUGAGUGCUGAU